AUGAAUGCAGGUCACAGCCCGUGGUGGUGUGGCGGUGGGGAUCCAGGCUCUGGCCUGGCUGACUUUGCUGCUGCUGUGGAUACUGUCCCUCAAAACCUCUGGACAGAAGCCCUGGCGCACACAGGCCAUAGUAGAAAUGAUAACUUUGUCAUGCUAAACAGCCAGGGGCUCUGGGAGAAGCCGUGCUGUGUUUGGGGACGAUACGAGUGGCCAUUGUUGUGGCUGCUGCUUGAAGCCCCAUGGAGUUUGGCCUUCGGUGAUGUCAAGUUUAUAAAAACCCGCUGUUCUGCAGCUGACACUGACCUACGUGUGGUUUCUGCUUUGCAGGUGGCAAUCAUCGCAGGCAACUUUGAACUGGCAGAAUAUAUCAAGAACCACAAGGAAACCGACAUUGUGCCCUUUCGAGAGGCUCCGGCCUACUCCAACCGCAGGCGGCGUCUCCCCAACACGCUGGCCGCCCCCCGGGUCCUGCUGCGUUCCAACAGCGACAACAACCUCCAUGCCGGUCCACCAGAAUGGGCUGUCUGCUCUACAGCCACCUCCCACCGCAGCCUCUCCCCGCAGCUGCUGCAGCAGACGCCCAGCAAGCCUGAUGGCGCCGUGAAGAGCUUGGGGACCUAUGCUCCUGGGCCCCGCAGCCGCUCCCCCUCGCUCAACAGGCUGGGUGGCGCCGGCGAGGAUGGCAAGAGGCCCCAGCAGCACUGGCACAUAGGGCUGCCUUUUGGUCCUGGUGCCAACAAGGAUGCCAUCUCUGCCUUCGAGUACCCAGGCCCCAAGCGGAAGCUCUACAGCGCAGUGCCUGGGAGGCUCUUCGUCGUCGUCAAGCCAUACCAACCCCAAGUCGAUGGCGAGAUCCCCCUUCACCGUGGUGACAGGGUCAAAGUUCUGAGCAUUGGCGAGGGCGGAUUCUGGGAAGGCAGCGCCCGUGGCCACAUCGGUUGGUUCCCGGCCGAGUGUGUGGAAGAGGUACAGUGCAAGCCGAGGGAUAGCCAGGCAGAAACUCGUGCGGACCGCAGUAAGAAACUCUUCAGACACUACACGGUGGGCUCCUAUGACAGCUUUGACGCGGCCAGUGACUGUGUGAUUGAGGACAAGACUGUGGUCCUGCAGAAGAAAGACAAUGAGGGCUUUGGAUUUGUGCUCCGAGGGGCGAAAGCUGACACCCCCAUUGAAGAAUUCACGCCAACGCCUGCAUUCCCAGCCCUGCAGUACCUGGAGUCCGUGGAUGAAGGCGGGGUGGCAUGGCAAGCCGGACUAAGGACUGGGGACUUCUUGAUUGAG